AGGGUUGAAAAUAAGAUAGCAAAACAUUAUUUAAGGUAUUCUUUUUAAUAUGUUGAAGAUUUUACCUCCAUGUAUUUAUACAUUCACGUGACCCCUGAAGCCUCCUGAGGUAAUGCUACUUCUAAGAGCAAGAAUUAAUAGGUUUUAAGUGGGAGUACAUUUAUUGAUGUGUUGUCUUCUGUACCUCCAAAAUUAUAACGCUUUCAAAUUAGCAUUUCUUCUGUGGCAUAACCCCGUUUACAACUUAUUCUGGAAUUGUUAAUAUUGUGAAUCAUGAGAUGAUGGAAACAGAUGACUGUGUCAACAUCUGUAAAUCUUCAGUGUUCUCACUUAAAUUUUUUCUAUGAUUAAUGAAAAUGUGAAAAUCUAAAUAUCUGAACCUGCAACCUAACAGGAAUAGCAGACUUCAGUGCCCAAGGCUUGCUUUGCUAAAAAAAUUUCAUAGGAAAGCAGCUCCUUAAGAUAAGAAUAGUCACUAUUGCAUUUUCAGCUUUCACAGUGUAACAUGAGCUUCAGUAAUGAAUUUGGUAAAUGCUAGUCCGUGCUUAUGUAUUAAAAACUUAUGCUGCUCCUUCUGCUUUAGCCAGGUUUUCAUACUUCCUAGUUAUAUCUGGAGAAUGGUUUCUUGAAGAAUUUAACAUACUUUAUCAGAAAGAAGAGGAAGUAUAAGAUCUCCUGGCUGUUUCCAUAUAUUCAGAUGGUCAAGAGCUAUGUAGCAGCUCAAUUUAGCAAGGACUGAAAGAAGAAAAGUUCAUGUUGCAGUUGUUUCCAUCACAAACUGCAGAGGUUUCUAAUAUGUGUGUGAACAUGGGUUUAGAUCCUCUGUUCACUCAAGUUCCACACUAUUAUUAAAAUUGCUUUAUAGGAGCAUGACGAAGUUGCACAGUAUUUGCCAGACUGUAGUACAGGGAUAAGCUGUAGAAUCCUUCCUGUAGUAACACGAUGUGUGCACAGAGACUUCAGUGCUCCGUGCAGAAGAAAGUUUUCUGCUUUUUCUUUUUAUGAAAAUAGUGAGAUUGACAUGGAGAUGAUCUUUCUGCUGAAGCCAGAAUAAGAGUGUUUCCAAGGGGACUAGUGGUCACAUUGAGGGAUCAGUCUUCCCUCAUGGAGGGAUAAGAACUCCUUUUGCAAUUCUGUGAAGGCUUUUCAUUCAAAGCUGAAGAUCAUCUCUUGAAUAUUUGAAUUGUUUGCAUGUCCACCCAUGAAUGAACAUUUCUCAGUGCUACAUUGUACAGAGAUGACGGAAUCAUUCCAGAAAAGGCUGGUAUUGUUUACCAACAAAACUGUUAUUUCAAGUGUUUAUACUGACACAAUGAGUAAUUGAUCUAGUAUAUCCAAGAUCCAGAUGUUGUCACUCUUUUUGAAUUAAAUUAAAAAUGUAUGAAGAAAGCAUUGCAAAUUGAUAUUACAGAAAUUAUGUUCAUUGAAUUAUAGUUCUUCUCUAACACGUUACCUUUAGUGCCUUGGCAGCAUAAUAGGAGAUUCCUACAUAAGACAAUCCAACAGGAUAGAUUUGUUAAUUUUUAUACUUUGUACAGAAAGCUUGAAUAGCAAGCUUGCCUAUGAGCAGUUCCAGAUUGUUAAUGAAACCUGCACUACAACAUUUUGGAGCCAUAGGUGUAGGCUCAUUGCUAACUCCCAGCUCAAUGAAAAGUGAUACUGAUAUCUGUGAAUUACUCUCAGGUGCUUCCUAUGUGUACAUUGCAGCUGUAGUUCCAAAGGUUUAUGAAGUAUUUGAAAUGCAGAGCAUGUGCAGCUGAAUGCAGAAUGAUGAAAUACUAUAUUAAAAAUGUUGCAAAAAGCCUAAUAAUAACUUGAAGUUGAGUGGCUUGGUACAGGGCAGCCUGCAGGAGAGGACUCCAAGGGCCUGUUAAUAAUUUUUCUCAUAAAGUAACACCACAGACUGAAUUACCCAAUUCCCUCAGCACCCCCCAGUGCAUGCAGCUGAGUCGUUGUCUCUUUUAGCUCAACAGUGGCUGUUCCCAUCCAGCUCUCCUUGCUCACACUGUCCUGUGAGAUCAGAAUGUGUCCCUGCACUGUAUUCUGCAAAGGUCAAAACAAUAUUUUCUAAUGCUUACUAUACAACCUCUUCAGUUACAAAGGACUAAAACCAGUUCAAAUAUGCCAUUUUCUUUCUGUAUUUUUAUUCAGGGUGUGUCAUGUUUUGGGCUUUUAAUGUUUCUGUACUUAACUUGUCCUAAAGUAAGAUAAUACAAAAAUAUUCCAAUUGAAUGGUAUGUUUAUAUUCUUGUAAGCCUGCUAAAUUUAAUUUUUAUUAAAUCGUUGUAAGCUGUGGUGGUUUUUACUAUUGUUUGAAGUAUUAUGUAAUAGGUGGAAAAAAUCUUUGUCAUUAGUAGUAAAAUGAUGCUUUAUGAAACUGUUACUACCUUAACUUCUGUUGAAUGCAGACAUACAUUGGCUCCGUAUUAAUCUCUGUGAAUCCUUUCAAGCAAAUGCCAUAUUUUGGAGAAAAGGAAAUUGAAAUGUACCAAGGAGCAGCACAGUAUGAAAACCCACCACAUAUUUAUGCUCUUGCAGACAGCAUGUACAGAAACAUGAUUAUUGACAGAGAAAAUCAAUGUGUCAUUAUUAGUGGGGAAAGUGGUGCUGGAAAGACUGUAGCUGCUAAAUAUAUCAUGAGUUAUGUCUCCAAAAUUUCAGGAGGUGGUCCUAAAGUACAGCAUGUUAAAGAUAUUAUUCUACAGUCCAACCCUUUACUGGAGGCCUUUGGGAAUGCAAAAACUGUACGGAACAACAACUCCAGCAGAUUUGGGAAAUACUUUGAAAUACAGUUUAGCCCAGGUGGAGAACCAGAUGGAGGGAAAAUCUCCAACUUCCUACUGGAAAAAUCUCGAGUUGUAAUGAGGAAUCCUGGAGAGAGGAGUUUUCACAUUUUUUACCAGCUAAUUGAAGGGGCCUCCUCAGAACAAAAAAGCAGCCUUGGCAUUACCAGUAUGGACUACUAUUACUAUCUGAGUCUCUCUGGGUCCUACAAAGUCGAUGACAUCAAUGACAAAUCAGAUUUCCAAGAAACACUGCAUGCAAUGAGUGUGAUUGGGAUCUUUGCAGAGGAGCAGGCAUUGGUACUGCAGAUAGUGGCAGGAAUAUUGCAUUUGGGAAACAUCAGCUUCAAAGAAGUUGGCAACUAUGCAGGAGUGGAGAGCGAGGAGUUUUUAGCUUUCCCUGCUUUUCUCCUGGGAAUUAACCAGGACCGCUUGAAGGAAAAACUGACCAGCAGACAGAUGGACAGCAAGUGGGGAGGCAAAUCUGAGUCCAUUCAUGUCACCCUGAAUGUGGAACAAGCCUGCUACACCAGGGAUGCACUGGCCAAGGCCCUUCAUUCCCGUGUUUUUGAUUACUUGGUGGAUUCUAUUAAUAAGGCUAUGGAGAAGGACCACGAAGAAUAUAACAUUGGUGUCCUUGAUAUUUAUGGCUUUGAAAUAUUUCAGAAAAACGGUUUUGAACAGUUCUGCAUCAACUUUGUAAAUGAAAAACUGCAGCAGAUUUUUAUUGAACUGACACUGAAGGCAGAGCAGGAAGAAUAUGUGCAAGAAGGAAUUAGAUGGACACCAAUAGAAUACUUUAACAACAAAAUAGUAUGUGACCUUAUAGAGAACAAAGUGAAUCCCCCGGGGAUUAUGAGCAUUUUAGAUGAUGUGUGUGCCACAAUGCACGCCGUGGGAGAAGGGGCUGACCAGACAUUGCUCCAGAAACUCCAGAUGCAGAUUGGGACUCACGAACAUUUCAACAGCUGGAACCAGGGCUUUAUCAUCCAUCAUUACGCUGGAAAGGUAUCCUAUGAUAUGGAUGGAUUCUGUGAGAGGAAUCGGGAUGUUCUUUUCAUGGACUUGAUUGAACUCAUGCAGAGCAGUGAUUUGCCUUUUAUAAAGGCUCUGUUUCCCGAAAAUCUUCAAGUGGACAAGAAGGGCCGUCCUACCACUGCAGGCAGCAAAAUCAAAAAACAAGCCAAUGACCUUGUUGGCACCCUGAUGAAGUGUACACCCCACUACAUCCGCUGCAUCAAACCCAAUGAAACAAAGAAGUCUCGAGACUGGGAGGAGAGCAGGGUAAAACAUCAAGUGGAAUACUUGGGUCUGAAAGAAAAUAUUCGAGUCAGAAGAGCUGGCUAUGCCUACAGACGGGUUUUCAAGAAGUUUCUGCAGAGGUAUGCCAUUCUGACCAAAGCAACCUGGCCCUCAUGGAAAGGAGAAGAGAAGCAAGGAGUCCUCCACCUGCUUCAGUCAGUCAACAUGGAUCCUGACCAGUACCAGCUCGGGAAGUCCAAAGUCUUCAUCAAAGCUCCAGAGUCUCUGUUUCUGUUAGAAGAAAUGAGAGAGAGGAAGUAUGAUGGGUAUGCCAGGGCCAUCCAGAAGGCCUGGAGGAAGUACGCUGCCAGGAAAAAAUACGUGCAGAUGAGAGAAGAAGCAUCAGAUCUGUUGCUGAACAAGAAGGAGAGAAGACGGAACAGCAUCAACAGGAAUUUUGUGGGAGAUUACAUAGGCAUGGAGGACCACCCCGAGCUCCGCCAGUUUGUGGGCAAGCGGGAGAAGAUCGACUUUGCAGACACUGUAACUAAAUAUGACAGACGGUUUAAGAGCGUGAAGCGAGAUCUCAUCCUCACUCCCAAGUGCAUUUACCUGAUUGGGCGUGAGAAGAUAAAGCAGGGCCCAGAGAAGGGCCAGGUGAAGGAGGUCUUGAAGCGAAGGAUAGAAGUGGAGAGAAUUCUGUCUGUUUCUUUAAGCACCAUGCAGGAUGACAUUUUCAUUCUACAUGAACAGGAAUAUGAUAGUUUGCUCGAAUCAGUCUUCAAAACGGAGUUUUUAAGCCUCUUAUCUAAACGAUAUGAAGAGAAAACACAAAGAACACUACCUCUGAAAUUUAGCAAUACACUUGAAGUGAAGCUGAAGAAGGAGAGCUGGGGGCCCUGGAGCAGUGCUGGUUCUCGACAGGUGCAGUUUAUGCAAGGCCAAGGAGAUGUAGCCAUUCUCAAACCAAGUAAUAAAGUGCUGCAGAUCAGCAUUGGACCAGGGCUACCAAAGAAUUCCCGUCCUACUAGACGGAACCUUACCCAAGUCAGAGGAUAUUCCAGUAGGUCUCAAAAUCAGACUUAUCCUAUGAGAGCUGCACCACCUCCUCCAGGUCAGCAGCAAAAUGGAGUAAUAAAUCCCCCCCAGUCUGCAGCCCAUCCCCAGACCCCAGGAAAUCAAUGGGCCAAUCAGAAGAACCUUUACACAAGUAUGACACGGCCAGCUUUACCACGGCAAAUGUCAGGAGGAUCAGGCAAGAUUUCACAGCAACCACAAAGCUUGGAUUUCUUGAAAGUACCUGACCAAGGAGCAGCUGGUGUCCGCAGGCAGACGUCGAGCCGCCCGCCGCCGGCCGGAGGGAGGCCCAAGCCGCAGCCCAAGCCCAAGCCGCAGGUGCCGCAGUGCCGCGCGCUCUACGCCUACGACGCGCAGGACACCGACGAGCUCAGCUUCAACGCCAACGACGUCAUCGACAUCCUCAAGGAAGAUCCUUCUGGCUGGUGGACUGGAAGACUACGAGGGAAACAAGGUCUGUUUCCCAACAAUUAUGUCACCAAGAUUUAAAAGACUGUCAAGAGAAGAACUUGUGUGAAGGAAGGUACCAGUGGUUGAAGAUGUUUUCCCUUACCUUCAGGACAUUAUUCUUUCAAGGUCUGCCGUUCUCAGCAGUAUUUUCACCAGUUAAUUGUGUAUGAGCAGGAAGAGCUACCCACAGACUACAGUCUUUGUCUCAGCACCAUACAGCAAUGAACUGACCAAUUAUUUAUUAUAUUUAAAACCUGGUUUAAACACCUGGUAAGCGAACAAUGCUCAACCAUACCAUCUUCCUGAAACACGUGAUUUACAGUCUGGAACCAGGGACUUCGAAAGGGGUGUAUUUAAUAAGUGCCUUCAGCUGAAAAUCAGUAACCUUUUUAAUUGUCUACUGAAGAUAAUGUAAAAUGCACAUUUCCUCUAAUGCAGAUCAUUCUGGGGAACGUGUUUAUGAGUAUGCUGCUACAUGUCAAAAAGAUUUAGGCUCAUUUGGGAUAUUACCAUCUGAAAAACUACUGUGAUGGUCUAUUUAAGUAAUUCUGUACAGAGAUGUAAUGGAACUGGUGUUUGCAGGUGUGUUUAGGGACUCCAACAGGCACUGUAAGAAUUAAAAACAGAAAACCACAUAGUACUGUAUGCUAUAAUGUUGCCUUCUUCAAGAUUUAUAUUAUAAUAUGGCUGGCCCAUGUUGGAUUUAUGUUUAAUACUCUACCUGUUAUAGGAAGUGUCUUUAUGCAGAGCUGUACAUUUAUAGAAAUAGUUAUAUACUGUAUAUAAAAACGUUAUGAUAGAGACAUGUAUAAAUGUAUAAUGCAGUAGUCCACUGUUCUUAUGAAGUAGUACUGCUAGAAUUUUUAUGCCAGGUACUUACAGAUAUGCACUACUCCUCCUUUUAAAUAGCAAAAGCACAGGUGUUACUGCCCAAGUCUGAUUGCCUCCCCCAGCAGAGUGGCUGUUGUUUGCCCUGCAGUUCUGAGAAUUCCUGCUUUGCCUUUUAAACCUCCGUAAAAUAAAACAUGGGAAGAUCAA